GAGGUUGAGAAGUGGCGGUGCCAAAAGUAGAACCAAAACCCCCAAAACCACCAGUUGAUGAAGUUGUUGGGGUACCAAAAGUAGUGCCGAAUCCAGGAGCUGAAUCCUUAUAGUAACCCUAUAUUUAUUUUAAAUUAGUUUAAAAACAUUCCUUGUGGCGCUCUACCAAGAUAAAAACCGAUUUCGGAACAAACAAAAACUGCGGCUUCUUUAACGAUUGUAACAAUCACUCUUUGUGCUAUUUUGAUUUGUGUCUGGGUGAAAAUGGUUGAUUCAGGUCAAUUUCCUCACUUCAAAUGGCCUUCCCACAAAAAAAGUCUGGAGGAUGAUCCUGAAUUGUCAGCUGGUGAUAUGAUGAGCGAUUCAAUUUCUACCAAAGGUCAAUUAUCAACGAAUAUAUUUACGGCCACACGUGAUUUUCUUGCAAGAGCCACCAAAGAGAUCACUACAGAAAACAUAUUGAAGGAAAAUGCAAUUGGCGAUGAUAUAGAUACUCAUUCAAGAAGUUCCGGUGAGAAUAUAGUUGAGUCAUCACUAUUGACACAAACACCUUUUUUACAACCUUCUAAGUCUGAAGAAUUAACAAGUGUAACAAAAUCUAUCAACGAAAUCACUAAAAUGAUAUCUAACGUUGUAUCCCUAGAAAAAAAUCCUUUGGAUACUGGAAACUCAACCUCAACUGAAGCACCAAUAAAAGUUUAUUCAGAAAGUCCUCUGAUCACUACUUCUGAAUUUAGAAUAAACAUGAAUACUAAUUCAAGUAAUACUAUCGAUACAAUGAAAAAUGUUUUCACUGAAACUAUGUCGAAAGAAAGAGGCUUAUUAGAAAGUGGAACAAAUGAAGAAACAAUGUCAAUGACGAGUAAUACCAUUGAGACAUUACGACAUAUGUUUAUGAAAGCCAUAGCAAGAGAAAAACCACUACUAGAUGAUGUCAAAACUGAAAGUUCCCUUACUGAAUUCAGUACUCCAACAGAAAAACCAUUACUAGAAACUUUGUCAGUGAAAAAUAUUUUGAAAGAGGAAAACAUUACAGUUAGUGAAAAUGCAAGUGCUUUUGAAAAAAUUAAAGGUUUGGUUUCAUCAACUACAGAAUCCAAGAAUAUAACUGACUUUAGUCAAAGUGAUAUGGAGAAAAUUGAAGAUAUGUUGUCAACAACUCAGAUGGCUCACGAUUCUAUAAAAACAAGUGGUUCUAUUGAUAUGAGUUCAGAUGUGUUUAGUGAGCCAACUACAGCUAUAAAUGAUUUUGAACAAUUAACAGAUAUCUUAUCAUCAACAGAUAGAUCUUCAAUGAAAUUAGAUAAUAUCAAAUCCAAUAGUACUAUAGAAAUAUUAACAGAUAUGUUCCAAGAAUCAUAUAGCACCGAGCCAACAGUUGUUGAAGAAAUGAAAGAUAUGCUCUCGACGACUCUAACAGAAAGGCCUUCGGCUGAACUCAGUCAAAAUAAAUUAGAAAAAAUUAAAAAUAUUUUCACUGCAACUUCACAGACCGAUGAGCCUUUUCUACGUGAUAUAGUGUCAACAACACUUACUGAAAAUGCUUCAAUGGAACUCAGUGAAACCAGCUCCGAAAAAAUUAAAGGUAUUUUUUCAUCAACUUCAGAGACUGAUGAGCCUGCAGUCAGUUUUGGUUGGAGCACAGGUACCAAUGAUUCUACUGACUUGAUGACAGAUAUAUUUAAUGAGUCAACUGAAACAACAUAUUACCAUCCUCCAAAUAUAUUUCAUACACUUAAAAAUAUGUUGUCAACAACAAAAGACCCUUCAAUAGAGUUAAAUUUGAAAACAAGGACAAACAGUACUGCUGAACUGAUGGCAGAUAGAAUGAAAAAUGUUCUGUCCGUGGAUUUACCAACGAAAAAUCCUCCAUUUGAUGUUGGAAAAAACAGUACGGUAGACAUACCAGCAGAUGUAUUCAAUAUAUCAACUUCAACAGAGGAAACUAUUCUAAAUACAAACAUGGGAAACCUUAAAGAUAUUUUGUUAACAGACAAUUUGACUAACGCUUCAACAAAACAGUCUUCAAUAGAAUUUGAUUUGAGCACACAGGCAAACAGCUCUGAUAGUACCAUAGCAGAUUUAUUAUAUAGAUCAACUCCAAUGAAACAACAAAUUUUUGAAGAAACCAUAGCAACAGGAAAGGAUUCAAUAAAUUCAAUUACAAGUACCAACAGCAAUAUUAUAGCAGAUAUUUUCAAUAAUUUCACAACAGUGAAUCAAAGUACAAGUUUGAACAGUACUAUUAAUAUGUCAGUACCAGAAUUAACAUCUGUUUCUACAAAUGACAUUAAUAUUAAUUUAAAUUCAACCAUCAGCACCAACAAAACAAUAUUCGAAAAAUCCACACAAAUGUACACACCUAGCAGUACUGUGGAUUUCUUCAAUAUGUUUAGUGGAAAUGCAUCGACAGAAAAACCACUUCAACUAAAAUUGAAUAGUACUUUGGAUAUUUUCACAACUGAAAUGUCUACAGAAGCUUCACUGAUUUCAACCUCUAAUUCAACAAGAACAACUUUUAUUAAUUUCAAUAAUGCGGUUACCUCAAACAGUACUUCUAUUUUCAGUACCGAGUCUACUAUCAAUACCAACUUCAGUACGGAUGUAUUGGAAAGUAGUAAGUUUACAGAGAAAAUGGAAUCAGGAAGUCCGUACCAUAUGAGCACUAUCAAAACAACAAUUGAAGAUAUAUUUUCUACUAGUAAUAACAGCUUCCUAACUGAAGAGACCUUCUAUGCAACAGAUAAGGAAACCCAAACUGGUGGAGAAUCAGAUUUAACUCUAUACAUAAUUGUAGGAGUCAUUCUAAUAGUUUCGAUAAUUUUUAUCAUAGGUGGAUAUAUUCUUUGUAGAAAAUGUAGGAAAAACUCAAAAUCUCCAGGGUGUUAUUAUAGCACUCGUUUGAAAGAUUACAGUGAUUCUAGUGUCAAAACUGUUUCAGAAACUGAUACGUUAAAUAUCAGAUUAUAACUUAAUAUAGAUAUUACCUUAGACUUUUCGGUUAUUGAAUGUAAUUCUGUUAUAUUUGUCCAAAGUCAAUUUUUUUAUUCUUGAUUGUAAAGUUCACCAUUCCAGAUUCAAUGUAAUUUUUGUUUCGAUAUAUAUUUAUGUGAAUUUCUGGCACACACUCAAGAA